AUUUUACGAGAAAUCAAUUUUUGAGCAAAGAGGUGUUCCUCAUUACGUUUCCUUGCCUCGGCUGUCUGGGUAUUUUUCCUUUAUCGCGACCAAGGAUGGCGGAGGGUAGCGCUGCUUUCGACGGCUUUUUAGCCAAGUACACUGGAGAUCUAACCUCCGCUCAGUUCAUGGAGGUCUGGGACCACUUCGACAAAGACGGAAAUGGCUUUAUCGAAGGCAAAGAACUGGAUGAUUUCUUUCGCGAGCUGGCUCGGCAGAAGGGAGGAAAGGAUGAGCAACCAUCCGACCAAGAGAUCUCGGACAUGAGGGAAGCUAUCAUGCUUAAGUUUGAUGACAACAAGGACGGCAGAAUUUCGAUGAACGAGAUGUCGUCCAUCUUGCCCAUGGAGGAGAGCUUCCUGCUCCUGUUUCGCCAACAGGUCGGGACAAGCGUUGAGUUCAUGGAGAUCUGGCGUAAGUAUGACGCGGACUGCAGCGGUUACAUCGAGAGCGAGGAAUUAAGAAGUUUCCUAACAGAUCUGCUAUCGAAGGCUGGGAAAGACGUCACCGAGGAUAAGCUAGCCGAAUACGUGGAGACCAUCCUGAAGAUAUUCGACACCAAUGAGGAUGGGAAACUGGAUCUAAAGGAACUGUCAAAACUGCUCCCUGUCAAAGAGAACUUCCUCACGCAAUUUCAGAUCUUCGAGGGGUCAAGGGUGAGCCGCGAAGAGUUUGACAAAAUCUUCGCUCACUAUGACAAGGAUAAGAGCGGCACUAUUGAAGACAGUGAACUGUGUGGGCUUCUGAAGGACCUGAUGGAGCACGGCGAAAAAGACCAGGCAGACUGGCUUGGAAAUGAUUCACUUGGCUUUAUAAAGGGCCUGCUGGGUUGGCUCCAGAAAUUAAAGGCACGAUUGACAAACAAGGAGUUGGACGCCAAAGUACUUGAAGAGAACAAGGAACUGUUGUUGAAAAUCUGUGACAUUGACAAGGAUGGCAGGCUGAGCAAGGACGAACUUGCCAUGCUCCUCUGUGACGCGGAACUGUAGAUUGCAUGCAUGGCUGGCAGACAUGCACCUAAACUCACAAAGCGCAUUGCUGCGUCAUGUGAGAUUCACGUGACGUUCACGUGAUACUGCCCGAGGCCCGUCAUAAGUUGCCACGCUUCUAGCGGGAAUAGAAUGACAAACAAGUGAGGUUGCUUGAUUACUUACUCUACAAGUUCACAGUUUGACCCUUUAAAAACGUCACCUAGCUUACUAUAUUCUAAAAUGCUGGGCAACAACUUUAGAAGACUAAGAAUGCCUACAGUGUCAACGGACUUUGCAGCAGCUCAAAAAUGGCUUAUCAAUUGUUCAACUUCUGUAAUAAUAGCUAUUGAUAUUUAUAUAGAUAGGGGGAAAUGAAAGGAAGUUCGUAUGUUUCAUAUGGAAUGGAAGGGCUUGGGGUAGAAUGGAAUGACUGAAUAUGAUACAUCGUCCUUGUAGAUAGUGGUACUUAUACCCUAGAAACAUGAGAAAACUAACCAUAGCCAUAGAUUAGUGUAUGAAACAAAUGACAAGAUUGCACCGACAAAUCAUUCGUAUUGUAUGUAAUGCGACAAAAACGCCCCAUGUAACUUAGAUUACGUUCACAUCCUCCCUGGAACAAUUUGUUUAAGACAUUAGAAUUCAUUGCUGAACUCUCCCUCUUCUAUAUCUACACGUACCCAAUAGAUGGAAAGGGAUAGAGUUACGUUAUGUUGGAAUUGGAUCAAUACAAGGAUGGUUUUCUGAGGCUUUUACAAACUGACACAAACAUGUCAGGAGUAAAAAAAAAUGGGAAAGUUUCAAAACGUGAUUCUAUCUCAAAAUAGUAGCAUCACCCUUCCCAUCCAUACGACUAACGGUAAUAUUUCUCCCUCAUUCCACUUGUUGAUCAUCACGCAACGUCCCUCAAUAGAUGUAAGUAUAACAUGAUAAUGGAUAAAAACCUGUAAAUAAGAUUAGUGGCGUCAAUGUUGGUGUGUGUACCUAACGAGCAAAGAAUGUCUGCCGUAUUUGUAGAAAUAACAACUGUAGAGAGUAGAGGCACUGGCUAACAACAACUAUACCCGAAUCAUUUGAACGAACUGCAGAGAACAGAACCUGUUGUGGUUUUUUGUAUUCUGCAGUAAGUUUGACCGGCAACUCUAUCCAGCGAUACCGUCAACCUCCUGUAUAACUCAUUACCUUGUGCGAAGCUAGUUCGACUAUUAGGCGUAGUAAAAUGUUUCUAUUGUUGCAUAUGAACAGCGGUUCGAUGUAAUGUUACAGAGAGACGAUGGGACAAGUGCGAAUGCCUUGAUGACUAUGUAGCACUCUGUUCAUCCAAGCGUUGUGCUAAACAGUGAUCGUCGCGAUGGUAUUAAUAUCAAUGUUUUCCUGCGGUCAGUCUUUCAUAAUGUGUGCUCAUCAACACCGUUGUACACGAAUGUUAGCAACAAAUCUAUCAUGAUAUAACCAACCAGAAGGACUACAGGCAAUGUAGAAACUGUACGGUGGAUACAUUUUACCGUCAUAGAAAGAGCUGGUUCGUAGGCAAGUGUGCAUGUAAGAGCUGUGUGGAGUCAAAACGAACAUCUUGUCACCUCCUUGUCUGUACUAAUCCCACGUGAAAGCGACUAUAAGCGAGCUUUCGAACAAAAUCUUAAAAAAAGAAGAACUAAUCGACAUUAUACCGCCAAGCAAUAAAUAUGAAAAAGCUGCCAGCCCUCCUUAUCAAUGAAUUUUCUUCUACGAAACUAGUUUAGAUGGUAGAUAGUAUGUACAAUUUUAAAGUAUUUAGGGGAACCUUGUAAUCACAUGGUGCAAUAUUCCUUUCAGCGUGCAUGAUAUUAUCAUCGUAACCUUGUAGCGUUUUCAAUGUUCUUUCUAUCCUAUUCAGCUAUCUUAAACAUGGUAAUUGAAUUGAAUGAAGGUAAUAGAGUAACGCAUGUGAAUUGCUGGUAACCUUUGACCCCAAUGUGGUCCUAAGCAUGAUGGGAUAUAAGCGGCAUUAGGAUUGUCAUGGAAGCGGCAGACAGUAGUGUCAGGACAAAACUAACGUGCGAUGCCAAAUGCACGGCAAACACUCUCUGAUUGUUGUCUGAUGACAUGUUGCUCCUAAAGAUGAUGAUAAUUAUUUCGUCGACAUCUGGAAGAAAAUCACCAACACACGAUGUUCAAACUGCAUGCACGGUUGUCAUUUUUGGAAAUGUUACGCCGGGAUUUUGAGAGAUGAAUAAAUCGUUUACAACCAA